AUGUUUUCCGAUAAUGAAGCAGUAUGGAUAGAAAUCAGACGUAAAUGCAAUCAGGACGUGAAUACAAUGCCGAUUAAGCUCUACUAUCGAGAAUAUUCGAAAACUGAGGAGGGGAACGAGGUAGUGCCGAUCGAAGCCACUUACAGGACGACAGACAAAGCAACUCUCAACUAUCUCAGGAGUCACGAUCCCAAUUUACCAUAUUUCAUCAACACCGUGCACCUACAGAAUCCGUAUAAGCAAACUCAACGUCUGGAGGGAUACGCCACUCGAGAUAAUUUCAGAGUUCGACCACCCUCCUUCAAGAUCAUGUAUCGAUCAAAGGAUACAACGUUAAGGUCCAGAUACAACAGGAACGUGUUGUCCAAGAAAGAAAACGCUCUGACGCAAUACUACGAUCACGAGGAGGAGUACAAAGGCAUCAGCAAAGGUGAAAGUCAGCAAUGUUGGAGCAACUCAGAUAUAAGAACCACCCUGAAGCAAUACUGCACGAAUAGUACUCUUCAUGGUUUACGUUACGUCGGUGAUUCGAACUUGUCGGCCGUUGAAAGGGUCUUCUGGAUCAUUUCUUUUUCUCUGGCUGUGCUAACAGCCUCUUACUAUAUUUGGUUCCUGUAUCAAAAGUGGGUCUCGACACCCAUAAUUAUCUCUCUCAGCCCGGAACCGGUGUCCUUGAACGAGUUUCCGUUUCCCUCGAUCACCAUUUGCAACAUGAACAACGUGAAAAAGAGCGAGGCGCAACGCAUAAGCGCCGGAAAUGACGCAAGAAAGAAGCUUUUGUUAGAGGACAGAUGUAACUUCGAGAACAACUCGGCGACCCUGGAUUUUGUCGAGAGUGCGAUCACUUGGAACAGCAUGCGGCAUUUUAUGAUUAACGUGUCGCAAUCCUGCACAGAGAUGCUGCAUUUCUGCCAGUGGCAUGGGAAUCUCACCGAUUGCGAGAAGAUCUUUAAUCCAGCUAUGACGGACGAAGGAAUGUGCUGUAAUUUCAACUCGGUUCAUAAAAAAUACUUGUUCUACAAUCCACGUGACUGGGCCGACCUCAACAUCACGUUUCCACCUAGCAGCAUCGAUUGGACUCCAGAAACCGGCUACGAAGAAAACGCAGCUCCAGACUCUGUACCAUGGAGACCCUACGGUGCUGGUCAAUUUUAUGGUCUAACUUUGGUACUUGAUGCAGACAUAGACGAGUAUUAUUGCUCGUCUUCUGCUAGCGUUGGUUUCAAGAUGCUGUUGCACAACCCGGUCGAGACGCCGAAAAUCGCCGAAUUCGCGUUCACUGUGACCCCGGGCGAGGAGACCAGGGUGAUCGUGACGCCCCGGAUAUCGACCGCCAGCAAGACGAUAAUCUCUGUCCCACAGAGAAAGAGGAAGUGCUUCUUCACGUCUGAGAGAAAGCUGCGCUACUACAGAACCUACACUCAGAGGAACUGCAUCCUCGAGUGCGAGGCGAACUUCACGCAAAAGAUCUGCGACUGUGUCCAGUAUUACAUGCCCAAAUCUUCCAACACACCCAUCUGCGAGAAGAAAGAUGAUGCGUGCGCGACGAAUGCUCGCAGAGCAAUGGAAGUCAAACUUUAUGACGACGACAGCGGCAUAACUUCUUUCAACGUAUCCGAGACACCAAGUUGCAAUUGCUAUCCUGGAUGCUACGAGAUUAAUUACAACGUGCAAAUCUCGCAGAGUAAAUUGGUGCCUACUUUUGCCAUCGCUGACGGUUACGUAAAGAAGAACAGAGAAUAUUUCACGAAAAAUAUGGCGGUGGUUCACCUGUUUUUCGUCGAUUCUCAAUUCACUAAAUACGUGAAGAACGAGCUGUUCGGUUUCACAGAAUUUCUCUCCAGUACAGGUGGCCUGUUGGGGCUAUUCAUGGGCUUUAGUUUCCUUUCAUUGGUGGAAAUCGUCUAUUUUGCGACGCUACGGCUGUGGUGCCGCGUUUACAAGAGUCGACACGCUCCUCACAAUAAUAUACUACACGUGCAACCAUUGGAUUCGAAUACGAAUGGUAUUUACCCAUUUGUACAGUGA